AAAAAUCAAUUUAGAGAAUUUAAUGUUAAAAAGUUUUAGACUUGACCAGCAUUGAAUCAUAAUAUUUUAUAUACGACGCGACGACGCCGUACCAAUUCCUUUCAAUCUACGCUGGAGUUGAGGGGAAAAUGGCAAUGAAAAAGUACUACUGUGAGUAUUGCGAUAAGCAAUUUCAAGAUACACACUUAGACCGGAAACGCCACUCUGCCGGUAUUCAACACAAACAAGCCAAAUCUCGUUGGUACGAUUCCUUCAAACCCGAACACCAUAACCCUAUUCCACCCUUCUGCUUCCACUUCGUCAACACGGGAUUUUGUCGUUACGGCGAUUCUUGCAAAUAUUUUCAUCCCAAUACACAACAACAACAACCAAUAACAACAACACCAGGGAAUAUAGUAGGAGAUACCAUGGGUGUCUCAUUCGGCAAUUUACCUCCGUCACUGCAGCCUCCUCCUGAAGUUGGAUACUCCAACCUCCCCUUUCUCGACUGGGGAUAGAUAGAUUUGUGCGUUACCUUUGGGCCUCCCAUUAUUUUAUUGCUAUAAAUACUUCUGAUUUUCAGUUUCUUUACCGGUUAUUACAACUCUACUAAUAUUGUUAAAUGUUACCUUGUUAUGAUGUUUCCAUCUCUCCUCUAUACACAUAUAACUACUGUUUGUGUUCAUGAGUUUUCCUCCACUAAUCUAAGUGUCAAUCAAUAGAUUUGUUCACUA